GGCUUCGCCUGCGCCCGAGGAAGGCGAAGCUGGCGGCACUGGAACGCGAAAGGGCCCCUGCCCCUCGGUGUCUGGACUUCCAGAACCCUUGACUCUGUUGAAUGUCAGAGAGGGAAGCGGUCUAGGCCGUCGUGGCCAGCCCCCUUCCUUUUUCCUGGCCACAGGUUGAGGGAGCGGGCGCCUGGAGAGAGGUUAAAAUAAUUCUUCAUGAAGAAGAAAGAUCUUAAGCAACAUGAUGGAUUCAGAAGCUCAUGAGAAGAGGUCCCCAUCAAUCUUAACAUCUUCAAAACAAGAUCUUUCACCUCAUAUUGCACAUGUUGGUGAAAUGAAGCAUUACUUGUGUGGCUGCUGUGCAGCUUUCAACAACGUAGCACUCACCUAUCCCAUGCAGAAGGUCCUCUUCCGGCAGCAGCUAUACGGAAUCAAAACCAGGGAUGCAAUACUUCAGUUGCAGAGGGAUGGAUUUCGAAACUUGUAUCGUGGAAUCCUGCCGCCACUAAUGCAGAAGACAACUACACUGGCACUUAUGUUUGGUCUGUAUGAGGAUUUAUCUUGUCUUCUCCGCAAGCAUAUCAAUAGCCCAGAGUUUGCAAUCCGGAGCAUGGCAGCAGUGCUCGCAGGGACUACAGAAGCAGUUUUCACUCCGCUGGAGAGAGUUCAAACAUUGCUUCAGGACCACAAGCAUCACGACAAAUUUACAAACACUUACCAGGCUUUCAAGGCACUGAAAUGCCAUGGAAUUAGAGAGUAUUAUCGAGGCUUGGUGCCCGUUCUUUUUCGAAAUGGAUUCAGCAAUGUCUUUUUCUUUGGCCUUCGAGGUCCCAUUAAGGAGCACCUGCCUACUGCAACGACUCACAGCGCUCAUUUGGUCAAUGAUUUUAUCUGCGGAGGUCUGUUGGGUGCCAUGUUGGGAAUCUUGUUUUUUCCAAUUAACGUUGUAAAAGCUCGCAUGCAGUCUCAGAUUGGUGGGGAAUUUCAGUCUUUCCCCAAGGUCUUCAGAAAAAUCUGGCUAGAACGGGACAAGAAACUGACAAAUCUUUUCAGAGGUGCCCAUCUGAAUUACCACCGAUCCCUCAUCUCUUGGGGCAUAAUCAAUGCGACUUAUGAGUUCUUGUUAAAGGUUAUAUGAAA